UUAGAAUCAACAAACGUCAACGCAACCGACUGUUCAACAUGAUGCACCAGGUCGUUCUUCUUUGUGUCGUGGUUAUGGCUGCUCAAUGCAUGGUCUUGCAUCGUGCGCCUGCGCCGUUAUUCUUCGGACAUUACCCUGAACCCAAUUACAGUUUUGCAUAUGAGGUCAACGAUGCCAAUACUGGAGAUGUUAAGAGUCAGCAUGAGAGCAGACGUGGAGAUAUCGUCAUCGGACAGUACUCCCUGGUCCAACCUGAUGGUAUUAAGAGGACUGUUGACUACAGUGCCAAUGACCACACCGGAUUCUUGGCGACUGUGAACAAUCAGGGCAGACCAGCCACCCAGGAAUCGAACAGGAUGUACAACGUACAAGAGGAGACCACUCGCUCCCCAAGCAAGGCCCCUGAAAUGCAAUACAACACAGCGAGCACCGCUUCCUACAGCACACAGGGCUGGCCCGAAAACGUACCGACCCAGAGCGUAACAGUCGCUCCCGUCACCAACAUUAGGACCUCGGUCAUUCACCCCUCCUUCCACAAUGGCCACAAUCCUUGGAUCUAAACAGUUAGAAUAUCGAGCACAGCAGUAAAUUGACCCGGAAUCGAUUUUAAUUUCAAUUUAAUUUGCAUUUAUUUCCUAAGCGGUUACCGCGCAAUGGAUAUCAGCUGCGGAUAAACUAUAUCAUUCUUGUAGCUUGCCAUCGAACACGUUUUAAUGUGUUUAUCGAACCGAGUAGUGGUUGUAAGCUUCGGCACGAGCCAUCGCCUUAUCGGUUUUUUGUCAUCUCCCUUUGAUCGAGAUAUUACACGUGACACAAGCUGAAACCUAGCGGAAGGAAUACUUUUAUUUUUAGUAGACCAUUUUCGAUACCAGUAUUACCAUAACGAGAAUGUUAUUUAAUAUAUUCGCAGUUAACAAAUAGUCAAACUGGUUUAAACUGGUUGAAUGUGAUAAUAGCAAAAUAAAUUGAAUUAUUACUUACGAUUGUAUCGAAUGACAACUGUAUAUUUAUUAACGC